AUGUCUCACGCUCCAUCAUCGGCGCUGAUUUUUUACACUACUUCGGCCUACUCGUCGGCGUUCGGCGCCAACGCCUCGUCGACCCCACCGACAAACGAGCGGUUACCUGUGCACUGUGCAGUGACCUUCACACCGUCGACAGGCACCUCCCUUUCCACCGUCGCCCGCGCUCCGGAUUGGGAUCUAUUGCUACGGGACUUUCCAAGCGUGAGCCGCGAGUCACCCGUUCCCGAAUUAUUCCGACACGGGGUUGAGCACGUCCUCGAAACAAAAAGACCUCCCUUUUUCGCGCGCCCGCGGCGACUGCCACCUGAUCGACUCGACAUCGCGCGCCGCGAUUUCCAACUCAUGCAGGAACAAGGAAUUUGCCGACCGUCUUCCAGCGCUUGGGCUAGCCCUCUAUUCUUGGUUCCCAAGGAUGGGUCUUUCCGACCGUGCGGUGAUUAUCGUCGACUUAACAGUGUCACCGUCCCGGAUAGAUACACACUUCCCUACCUGCACGACUUCACCGCGAACCUCGCGGGAAAAACAGUUUUUACUAAACUCGACAUAGUCCAUUAA